AUGGAGGCUAUUACGGAAGGCAUGUUUAGAGAAAUUCUGGUGCGUUCUGCAUUGAUUCAGGGUUCUGUGGAAAGUGGAAGGGCUGAUGUGGUUUUUAAAGGGAUUGGAGAAAUUGAGGCUAAAAAAGGGAAAUUUGAGCCACUUGAGGGUGAAAUUAGCAACUUUGAAGGGAAAAGUAAAUUGGGUUUUGAAGAGAAUGUGAAGGCUCAAAUGGGUUUCGAAGGAUUUAGGGAGACUCAAAGUAAGGAUAAUGAAUUCGUUAAGUUUUGGUCUGAUUCUGAUGGUGAAACCUUAUUUGAACAAUAUACUUUAGACUUGGGGAAGCCUUCUUAUCAAGUAAAAGAGUGUGGUCCUCUCCUAAGCCAAGGUAUUCUGACCUCAAUUGGUGUGAUAUGGGCACACCAAAGAAAGAUUCCUGCUCCUGAAUUGUACAUAAAGAAUAUUGAAACUGAGGAAGGAGCUGUGGACAUCAGCAUUGAUGAAGACAUGAGAAGUUUCUUUGGAGAUAGUAAUUAUGCCAAAGGAAAAGAGAUUUUCCUCAAGCUUAGAGCUCUUCAAGGAGCUAUGUCAAAGAAAGUUUUAUCAUCUGGGCAUCCUAUUUUAAGCUUUGAAACCAUUGUCACUGCAACAUGGACGAUGAUUCUUUUGGCAUCAAAUCCUGAAUGGCAAGAUAGAGUUCGAGUAGAAGUAUAUGAAGUCUGUAGGGCGCAACUGUCGGAUGCAAACAUGAUUUGCAAGAUGAAAAUAGCGGAGGUUACUCAGUCAAGAGAGGAUAUCACCAGCAUGUUCAGCGGUUUAAUAGCAGCAGUACAUCCUCAAGUCGUGGUAUUGCUCAUGAGAAAAAUAGUUGGUGGAAGAUUUUGUGAAGCCUCUCCAUCCAUCCUGAGUUUUGGAACUUUAUAUGGAGAGCCCGGAAGGAAGCUUUUCCCACUCACGUAA